AUGAAUUGCGCUGGUUGUAAUACAAUCUGCAAGCCGAGGGCGAGGCUGCUGAAUUGUCAUGCCUGCGAAGGUAUCUAUCACAUUGAAUGCCUUAAUAUUAAGCAGCAACAAUAUUCUUCACUGACAGAAGAAUUUAAGGCAGCCUGGAUAUGUCUCUCGUGCAAUAAUGUUACCCGUCGUGGACGAUCCAACUUGCUUAAGCCCGUGCGAUCCACGCAAAUACCUUUGGAUGAUAACAUGAAUAUGUCAUAUGAAAUCGAGGGCCAAACACCCAUCUCAUCCUACAAUCCUUGUACUCCGACCACACCAGCUACUUCAGUCCAUGAAUGUGUUGCCCUGGAGACUGGUGCUACUUUCCAUGACACAGGAACUACAUAA